AUGGAGCUGAUUCCCGGUCUUCCCAACGACGUAGCUCAUGAAUGUCUUAUUCGGAUUUCGGUUGAUCAGUUAUCCAAGGCUGCAUCUGUGUGUAGAGCAUGGAACGCUCUGAUUAAGCAGCCGGAAUUCUGCCGCCGCUUCUGGAAAGCUUCUGCUCUAACCCGACCUGUCAUUGUCAUGGCUCAGAGAAUGGAUGGUUUAACAGAAUCGGAUCCACCGUUUUACCGGCUCACGCUAUUCGAGCCGGUGAAAAGACGUUGGUGCGAUAUUCCGCCGAUACCGGAGAUGGUGGAAGGGAUGCCGGUGUUCUGUAGCGUAGUCGGAAUUGGACCGGAGCUGGCGGUGAUAGGCGGUCUCGACCCGGUUACACGGCAGUUUCAGAAUUCAGUUUUCAUCUACAACUUCUUAUCCGCCACAUGGAGGCGCGGGGCCGACAUGCCAGGCGAGAAUCGAAGGUUCUUCGGAUGCGCGGCAUCGGCGGCGGAGGACGGGACAGUGGUGGUCGCCGGCGGAGAGAAUAGGGACAAUUACUGGCUGAAAUCAACGUUGGCGUACGACGUGGCAAGGGACAAGUGGACAACGUUGUCACACAUGUCAAUUGGCCGAACCGAGUGCACGUGCGUAUUCCACCGUGGCAAGUUCCACGUACUCGGCGGCUUUAACAAGGACACACGAGACGAUUCUAAACAAAUCAUAGAAACACUCGAUCUCGUCACUCGUCAAUGGCACAUAACCAACAUAGUCACAGACUAUCUCAUCAUACAUCCGCAGUGUACCUACGUGGAGAUUGACGAGAAAAUAUACACAAUCAAGGGAAUACGUGACGUGGUUGCAUUAGAGGACACCACGUGGGUGUUCGUCACACAAGUCCCAAAAUAUACACACUCUGUGGCAUGGGUGACAGGGUGGCAGGGGAAUAUUAUGGUUAUUCCAAGUGUAAAAUAUGGUGAAGCUAAGAGAGCUUAUAUGCUGGAAUUGAAAACUAAGAAAUGGACCAAAGUAAAAAUCCCAAGUGAGUAUCGUGGCUCCGUUCAGUCGAGUUGUUGUAUACACAUUUAA